AAACCGGUUUUAUGUUUACACAAGAUCUUUACUAACCUGUGCAAAGAAGAACAGAACGCGAAGCAAAAGACUCGGCGGCCUAGACGUUGAACGAAGAAAGAAAUAUGCUUACCGGCUUACAUGGGGCGAAAACCAGGUUGUAUGUAAAGCUUCACCCUGGUCAACAGGUUGAGGUGCUACUGCGUUCAUCGACUGGUCAAAGCGGGCAAAUUUUUUUAAACCCAGAAAUUGAUUUUGUAUGGAGAUACUUCCACUUUUCCGCGUUAACGAAAAUGUUUUACUAUUUAACCAAAAAUGGCGUAAAAAACACAUACCUAUACCGGCCAUACGAAUAACAAAGACAUGUUUUCGUUAGCCUGGGCACAAUUCCGCGUUGCGUGCCUGGAAUACAGUUACCUGUUCAAACUGGUCGGCGUAUAAAAAGGACCCGCCAAACGAUUGCUCGUGUUGGUUCUCGGGAUUUUCUGAGCAUUUUCUUGUAUCUUUACUGCUCAGCUCUUACCUUUAAAAGGUUUGCGUCGUUUCUAACUUCGAAAGGAUUACGUCGUAUAAGCCAACGUCUUUAUAGCUGUUACUGAGUUUUUUUAGUGAUACUGGAAUAUGCAUGCACCCCAGUAAUUUUCUUUUCGUAUAACAUUAUUCCUUUAUUCUCGCAUAUGCGACAGGCAUCAUUAAUUUUUUUUCGCAUACAUAUUUUGCUUUCUAGAAAGAAGUAAAAACGACCCUGAAAAAUAGACAUUGCAGGAAAAAUUACUGAGAAAGGCGGAAAUUCGUACUCACUUUUACGGAAUGUUUGUAACAGCGGCCAUAAUCGAGAAUUCUCGGCAACAAUGUUCACCGUCCCUUCCAACAGUUCUAACAGGAAUAGGCGGCGACACUCCUAAGCAGGCGGAUGGAGUAUGGUAUGUCUACAGGAAAAUGGGCGGAAGUUAUUCCAGCGCAGCACAAAUACAGAUCACCAGUGUUGCGCCAUACUUCGAUCCGGUCACCAGCGAACCGGUGCAACUGCAAUGGUGGGAAAUAUUCCAAGACACAGCCGCCACAUCCUGCAUUCACCAGUUUUGGACUGGAGCCUAUUCAACUGCCGGAAAACAGAUCGGUGAUCUGGGUGGAUCGGAUGAUAGCUACAUUAUGCGUCCGACGGAUUAUGUGGUUUUGUAUCACAACUAUCAGAACCUGCUGAUCAGUUACGGCUGCGCAAAGUCUCAGGCCGACAGUGUCCAUUGCUCCACGCCCACUAUCAUCGCCCAGACCCGGAAGAGACCAGAUCAACUGUCAGCGUCUGAGAUGGACAAUUUUGACAAUCUGAUCAACUCCGCUUUCUCCGCAUACUGUGUUACGGUGCAGAAUAUACCGAAAGAAACAUACGGGCCAAAGGGCACCUGCACUUCUAUCGACCCGCCGUUCUGUGUUGCUCAGGACAUUCAGGGGAUGAAAAAUACCAUCGUAAACUCUUCUAAUUCAUCGGCAACUGCAACGACCACCAGUGUACCAAAUUACGGUUACGGAAGUUAUGGAGUCGCUGCGCCUUCAGGAUGCAAAUGGCCAAAUUCAAUGCCUUCUCAAGGAAAAGUCGAUAUCUCGCUGAUUACUGGAAAAUUCUACUUAUACCGAAGACUGUUCGCACCAGAAGGCAUGCCUGUAAACCAAUAUGCGGUGUGGAGCGACUUGGGGGCUUCUGCCACGCCCCUGAUCAAUGCCACCGCCCGCACUAAAUGGUGCGAAUAUGUCAACUAUGCCGAUGUGGGCUCGUCACAAUGCGUCAACGGUUUCUUCGUCGGUCAAAUCCAGGAAACUGGAUUCCUAUCGGGCUUGAUCAUUCCGACGACUAGGCCUGGCGCUUUACAACCAUUCUCAACUGUGUUUCAGUAUGUGGACGCUUAUCAGCAAAUCUUUUACGGAUGCGGUGCUCAGAAUUUACAAACUGGCAUUUGCGAUGCACCGGUUUUGGUCCACCUGAUUGCCAAAAAUCCACUACAACUAACGCAGGCAGAGAAAGACGCCUACGACGCCCAGGAGAAUGUUUACCUGAGCAAAUACGGGUGCAGUGCAGGCAAAGAUGUGCCGCUAACUUUACACUCGGCCGACCUGGCUCCAUGUCCACAAGUGCCACCCACGGACUGCAUGCAAAACCAUAUUACAGGAUACAAACAAGUUUUAGCUGGAAUGUAAUACUUAUUGGUUUUUCCAGACUACUUAAUAAUAACUUUUGCCAGAUUGACACAACUUAUACAGUUGCACUUGUGUGCUUGUUUACUACUCGUACCAAUGUUUUACGUUAACAACACAAUUCUUGGCACUUCAAGCGGUCGCUACUCGCUACUGUGGUAUUUCUGAAUUGUAUUGUUGGUAAUUUCAAACUGUAUUUUUAAGUUCGGUUGCUUUAAGUUUAAACGGUCGCUAUUGGUCAGCGCAGAGCUUGUUGUUACGUUAAUUGGCUAAUGCCUAAAUAAA